UGGCUCUGUUACUAAAAGUCUCUUGAUUUCCAAGCUCCAUUGACGAUUGUGAAGUAUGAGUAAGUCAGUGCUACUGCUGAGUCUCCUCUGGUCUCUGGUGGAGGUCCACUCUCAGACCUUUCCUUACGUCUCCUUCAUGAGCCAGACUCUGGCCAACCAUUCCUAUGUGGACCUCAGUCAAGUGGGGAAUGAUCGUAGUGACAGUGUUCAGUGUCAUACUGACCUAAGCACAUGUUGUAGUAGUCUUCAGGGUUCUCAGCGUGGAGACUGGUAUUUCCCUGAUGGAACUAGACUGCCAUUUCCUGGAGGUAGUGAUAUCUAUGAGCAGCGUGGAAACGAUAGAGUUGAUCUACGUCGUCAUAACAAUCCAACCUCACCAACUGGUAUCUAUCGCUGU